AUUAGCACCCGCCGUUUCGAGCGUCUCGGCCGCCGCGUCGCCGGCGUCCGGUGCACGCACGCCGGGCGCCGUGUACGACCGGCUGGAGGAGCAGCUCAUGCAGAUGGAGGCCGGCGAGGACAAAGAAAACGAGGCGCCGGCCGGCCGCAAGAAGGACACCCAGCCGCGCUUCUACUCCAUCUUCUACCGGAAGGCGGGCGGCCAGGUGGAGACGCGUGGCGAGGUGUCGCCGGCGCAGGGCACCGGCCCGCCGGCCAGACCGGCCAGCAAGUCCACGCGGGCGUCAGCGCUGGCCGGCCGGCAGACCGGCGACGGCCUGGAGCAGCUGGUGAUCGACGCCGGCCAGCGGCAGUUCGGCGUCAUCACCUGCUCCACCUGCGCCGUGGUCUACACCAUCGGCGAUCCCGAGGACGAGGCGCUGCACGCGCGCCACCACACCGGCUACCUGGGCGCGCUCGCCUUCCCCGGCUGGAAGCGGGAGCGCGAGGUGGGCCACUACAUGGACGGCCGGGUGGUGAUGGUGACGCCGCGAGACGCCGCGCACGCCUGGCGCAAGGUCGACAGCGUGCUCCGGCUGGUGGACGCCGAGCUCGGCUUCGUCGGCGUCGGCGUCCGCAACAAGGAGCAGUCCAAGGUGUUUUUCUACGUGGUCGAGCGUCAGAUCGUGGGCUGCCUGGUGGCCGAGCCGGUGACUCAGGGCUUCGCCGUGCUGCCGCGAGAUGACAGCACCGCCGUGCGCUGCGACACGGCCGCCCGGCCGUGCGUGGCCGGCGUGUCGCGUGUCUGGGUGCACCGCGACUACCGACGCCGCCGCUUGGCCACGCGCCUGCUGGAGGCUAUGAGGAAUCAUUUCGCCUUGACGCCGCUCGGCUGGCCGGACGUCGCCUUCUCCGACCCGACGCCGGACGGACUCCAGUUCGCCGCCGGCGCCACCGGCUCCCAGCAGUUCCUCGUCUACAACCAGUGACGGCCGGAGCUCCGCACGGGCCGUGCGAAGAGAGAGGUUCGAGCUUGGAGGCUCCAGGUCUCUGGCCCGGAGCCUCCAAGUCUCGGACCCUCGAGGCCACCGAGCCUCUCGGCCCCGGAGUCUCGGAGUCUGGGAGCCUCACGGACGGCCCGGACCGCCGGCGGCCUCUGAGCCGCACCGGCACUGUCCGGUCGACGAGGCCGGAGCAGGGCAUCGCUUUUAUGAGUUUGGGCACGGGCCCUUUUUAUCCAGGCGUGGGUGCCUCGUGGAAGCAAGAACCACUUCGCAGCCACUGGAGCAUUUUGUAGUCACGGUGUGAUCCAGCUGCGCAGUAGUGCCCCUCUGUCGUUUGCACAGUUCGCAAAGGGCGCGAGAGCACGUGCUCACUUUUGGAGGUGGCGAGCUGGUUUUUAGUUAUGUUUUGCCCAUCGGCCAGGGAAGCCGGGCAGGUCUGCCGUCGGCCCCGUGUUCGGCCCGUUGGCCUCUGAGAGCCGCCUUCCUGUGGUUGUCCGCGGCGUUUUGGCCGCUUGCAUUGGGCAUUGUGUCGUCUUACAUUCCGGCUGAGUUUAGCUGUCCGCGUCUCUUCCGGUGAAUGCAGAUGGAGGAUACAGAACAAUACAAAAUAAACAACGCUAAGUA